AUGAUGUGGUAACGUAUACUUAGAAUACUUUGUGUCGAGUGGGCCUUAUACAACACCUUGAGGCAGGGCCGGUGGCAGUCUUCUGAAUACAACUCCGCGAGCAGCGCAAAUCAUUGCUGGCUGAAGCUGGUAAGGUUCUAUACAUACUGAGACUGAAGCGACCGUGAUAGGAGCGAGUAGACCGCAGCGGUCGCUGCGCUGAUUUCCUUUGUUUUUCCCGGCCUACGCCUUUCUCCUGCCCUCAAGUGAAAGCAUGGCUCUGGACCUGUCCAGCCUGCGGGCGCAGCUGCCGGGCCUCGCAAACCGACCGAAUUUCCCGAGCGACCUCUCAGUUUUGCUGCUGGACCCGGACUUCAAGGCGCGACAGGAGGUGGAGGCUCAGCUGAAGGAGAACAAUUAUGCCGUUACACCUUGCAGCUGCAGCUUUGAGGCCGCAGCCCACUUGCAGGAUGCGGACAAGCACUUCGACUUGCUGCUGGCCGACGUGCGCUGCAUGCAGCAGCAGUCAGCGGAGCACAAGGCGGUCGUGCAGGCAGCCAAGUCAAUCCCGCUUGUGCUUAUGUCUGAGAGCGGCGCCCCCAACGAAGUCAUGUUGGGAAUCAAGCUUGGCGCUGUUGACUUCCUGGAGAAGCCGCUGUCGCCCCUCAAGCUCAAGAACAUCUGGCAGCACCUCGUGCGUCGGAUGUUGUCAGCGAGCGCCAAGGCGGAGAAGAAGGCGGCCGCGCACACUGUGCGCGAGGCAGCUAACAACAACGCGGCUGGCUCUGCGACGGCCUCGCCCGAGGACUCGAGCUCGCAGGGCCAUGCCGCACACUCGGCGGGCUUCUGCGGCGGCGAGUCUGGCAGCCACGCCAGCACUAGCGACCAGGCGCAAGUGAAGGCGGCGCUCAUGGACUGCGAUGCGGACAUGGAGACAUCGAGCAUGGAUUGCAUGGAGGCCCUCACGGCUGGAAUGGCCCGCGCCAGCGCAGCCGACUCCACCAUGCACGCUGACAUCCCCGGCGCCGCUGGCCCCUGCGUCAGCGGUGACAGCCCGCACCUCAAGUGCGGCCGCCCGCACGCGCUGAAAUACAAGGCCAGCCGGCUGUCCAUGCCCGGCAACGCCAACCUGCCCGGCGCCGCCGCGGGCAGCGGCAGCGGCGCCGCCGCGGGCACCAGCGGCGGGAGCGGGGGCAGCGGUGCCGCCGCCACCACCACCGCCUCUGUGGGCGCCGUCGGCGGCGGCGGCGGCGGCUCCGCCGGCAGCAGCGGCGCGCCCAAGCCGGCCAUGGGCUACCCGGCCGGCCAGAUGCCGGCGCUGCCCAGCAACAUCCCGGGCAUCGCCUGGGGCCUUCCCACCAACCCCCUUCAGAUCUCCCCAAAGGCGCCUGCCGGCAUGAGUGGCCUCAUGGCCUCAAUGCCCAUGGGCUGGCCCAUGGGUCCCAUGGGUCCCAUGCCGCCGCCGGCAGCCUUUUUCAGCAUGAUGAUGGGCGGUGGCGCCAGCCCCUCCCCCUCCGUGUCAUCUAUGUCCAUGGGCGGCUGCCCCAGCGGCCCGCUCGGCGCCGCGCUCACCGCCACCAACGGCAGCGGCGGCGCCGCUGGCGCCGCAGGCGCCGGCGCCAGCAUGCCGCCGCCGCACCACCACGGCUCGCACCAGCACGGGCACGGCAUGCACGGCAGCGCGUCCUGCAUGACGCUGCCCAGCAUGGGCGCCGCUGCCGCGGCGGCGGUCGUCGCCGGCGGCGGCGCGCUGUGCAUGAAGCGCGCUGACUCGGCGCCGCUGCCCGCCAUCAGCGGCGGCUGCAUAAGCCUGGGCAGCGGCGCCACCACCAUGACUGGGAUGGGCAUGGGCAUGGGCGGCGGCGGCGGCGGCGGAAUGCCUGUUGGCGCUUCCAUGGACGUGCUGAGCGGCAUGGGCAUGGGCAUGGCGGCUAACGCCGCAGGCCUCAUGCCGCCGCCGCCGGCACGGCCGCCAGCGGUGCCGUCGAGCGGCGGUGCCGGCAGCGGGCCGGGCCUGAGCAAGGCCGAGCUGUUUGCAGGCAUGGGCGGUGCGGAGGGCGAGCGUGGCACGAUGCCGCCGAUUGGGCUGUCGCUCAAGAAGAGCGCCAGCCUGGUGGACAUCAUUUCGCAGACGCUCAAGCACAGCGGUGCGCUGCCCGCGUACUAGGGCUAUGCCUUUAAACGCCACGCCACGGACGUGUGGCUGAAGCUGCGCGGGGCGAGGCACCUGCCAGCGCUCAUGGAACGCACACGUUGCCCUUUC